GGUUAGUAGCCGCGUGGGCCGCUACGCGUUCUUUCGGCGCCACCGUCGAAGCCAUUUUUUCGCCGUUCGUUUCCUCUCGCGCUCUCACCCGCAGACGCCGAAGCAAUCGAGAAAAUGGCGUCCGAAAGUUUGGUGGUGGUACGUGGUGGUGGUGUGUACAACCGCAACAACUAGCGGAAAACAAUAAAAAAACCAGAGAGAGAAUCCCGCUUAAAAAACACUAGUUUUUUGAAAAUGUGCGUUUCUCCGUGCUGAUUGCUAUAAUAAUUAGCGAGUACGUGCGUUUAUUCCCCCUGUGCCCCGUCCGAAAAUGACGGCAAACAUGUAUCGUGUCGGAGAUUACGUGUAUUUUGAAACUUCGUCAACGUCCCCAUACCAAAUCCGGAGGAUUGAAGAACUGAAUAAAACGCCCUCCGGUAAUGUGGAGGCGAAAGUGAUGUGCUUCUAUCGUAGGAGAGAUUUACCGCCCCAGUUGAUCCAGCUUGCUGAUAAACACCAAUGUGCCUUAGACGAAACGAACGGUAGUCCAGUCUCGGAUUCUUCACUUUCCAGCGAGCAGCUGGGUCCCAAGCAGCGUCACCAAAUGAAACAUAGAGAACUCUUCUUGACCCGACAAGUGGAGACCCUCCCGGCCACCCACAUCCGCGGCAAAUGUUCGGUGACGCUCUUCAACGAAACGGAGGCGCUCUCCUCGUACCUCAAUAAGGACGACAUGUUCUUUUACUGCCUAGUCUACGACCCUGCCCAGAAAACACUUUUAGCCGAUAAGGGAGAAAUACGAGUUGGUACAAAGUACCAAUGUGAUAUCCAACCGUUACUGCGCGAGGGCGAGAGCGACCAGCGCGACCUCACCGAAACGGAAACGUUAGCGUGGACGCCCCACCACAACCUGAGCGACCGACAGAUCGACCAGGUGCUGGUCGUGUCACGUAGCGUCGGUACGUUCGCCCGCGCCCUCGACUGUAGCUCGAGCGUGAAACAGCCGUCGCUGCACAUGAGCGCGGCCGCCUCCAGUCGCGACAUCACGCUCUUCCACGCGAUGGACACGCUGCACCGGCACCGGUACGACCUCGCGGACGCGUUGUGCUCCCUGGUGCCGAGCAGCGGUCCGGUACUGUGCCGGGACGAGAUGGAGGAGUGGAGCGCCUCGGAGGCGAACCUGUUCGAGGAGGCGCUGCUCAAAUACGGGAAAAACUUCGACGAUAUCAGGAGCGACUUUUUGCCCUGGAAGACUUUGAAGAAUAUUAUCGAGUAUUAUUAUAUGUGGAAAACGACUGAUAGGUAUGUCCAACAGAAACGGGUGAAGGCGGUAGAAGCGGAAUCAAAACUCAAACAAGUCUACAUUCCCAAUUACAACAAACCGAACCCGGCCGCCCUGAAUAACAACAAAGGAGUCCUGAACGGAAACAGCAACGGCAGCGGGGAUACCGCCGUAUCCCUUGGCGGAAAAGCGUGUGAAUCCUGCAACGUGACCGCUUCGACGCAAUGGUACGCGUGGGGUCCGUCACACAUGCAGUGCCGGUUGUGUCAGCAGUGCUGGAGCUACUGGAAAAAAUACGGCGGCUUGAAGAUACCGACGCGGUUCGGUGACGGCACAGAGUUCGAAAGUAGCGGAAAAAAACGGUCCGGGAGCGACCUGGAGGACGAGAAGGGCAUGGGACAUCGCCCCCAUCGUUGUAACAUUGGCGGAUGCGGAAAAGAAUUUAAACUAAAAGCCCACCUAGGACGACACUACGCCACCGCACACGGCAUAGCGGUGCGAGCCGGUUCUCCCCGGCCGGUAAUGAAAACUCGGACCGCGUUCCAUUUGUUAACGACCCCGUUGACCCGACUGUCGAGACGCCUCUGUCGUGAAAUAAUGAGACCGAGACACGCCGCCAGGUGUCCCUCGUUCGCCAUCAACAUCCAAGCGGUGAAACAAGAAUGUGCCGCGCAAAUGGCUCAUAAAACGCAACAAGAGGUGCAGCUCCUGAUGAUGUACAGGAAACGAAACCGGGGAAGCGUCACGGCGAUCGCCACCCGGUUGGGGAGAUCCAGUGCGGUUACGCCGCAAUGGUUGAUUUUGACCGAUAAGGAUCUUCUGCCCCAACCGGAAGUGGUGGCUUUCCCUAAACCCCCGAAAGCGGCCGACGGAAGUUUACUGUACGAGCGAGUGCCGAAUAAACCGGAAGCGGAGAAGAUUCCUCUGAAUAAUAUGUCGCCUUCUUUGAAACGUCGGACGUACGAAGAGAUGAAUGGUAUCGAUAGUUCCUCAUUAAACGCCCCACCGGCAGCAAAACGAAUGGCCAAAGAUCCCUUACCGAUAUCCCGGCACCUGCCGGCGAUGCCGCCGGUCGCGGUGCCGGUGGUGUUACCGGGAUCGGGGGCGGGGGCCCCGUUACCGCCGACGGUGCCGCUGGCGGUACCGCCGCCGUCCGGCACCACCGCCGACCAGUACCAGGCGAUGAUGGCGGCGGCGGCCGCCCACGUCGGUCAAUUGGCCCCCAGCAACUUGAUGAUGGGCGGAGGAGGGUCCCAGAUGCCCCGGCAGGUGGCGCAGGUCAACGGCAAACCAAAGAUCGCGCAGAUGACGAGGUCCGGAUCGGGGCGUAAGCAGGUCAUCAGUUGGAUGGACGCCCCCGACGAUUUGUACUUUAGGGCCACGGAGACCAAUAAAAAAAUCCGUCGUCAAAUAUCGUCGUUGGAGUUGCGACGUGCGGCAAGAAAACCGUGGCGAUACCUAAAAUCGAAACUAGUCGAUCAACUGCAGGUGGUGGUACUCGAUUGACAGUGACCCCUCGAGCCCAUCCGCCUCUUGUAAAUGAAUUCCUCCUCCUCCUAUUGAUGAUCGAUUUGUUUUUCUUGAUCCGUUAAGUGAAUCGAGUGAGUGCUCAGGGCGCCAUCUGGCGCCGACUACAAACACUGAUCAGCAGUGUAGAAGUGUACAUAGAGUGGGACAGAUAGAUAGAUAGACUCUUUUUACAUGUUUUUUUGUAUCAAAACGAAAAUAAUGUUUGUUGUUUUUUAAUGGGUCCUUGGGAUUGUUGCGACGCUUUUUACCGACAAACAGUCAAUUUCCCUAUUCGUGUAUAUAAUAAGAUAAGUUCUUAUUUGCAUUAUGCAUUAUGGUUUCUCAGUUUUUAGUUUUGUUGUUCAACAACAAUCCAAGGGGGGGCUCUCUGUAAAAAAAGUUUGAUUAAUAAAUCCGACCCCGUAGCAAUAUGUUAAGAACAUUGUAAAUCUUAAAUGGACACACACGAAAAAAAAAUGGAAAAAAUAUUUGUGAUCUAACUGAUAAGCACACAUUUUUUUUUCAAUUAAAUUAUGCAACUUUUAAUUCUUUUUUUUUAUUUAUUAAGCAUAUUGUACAAUAAAACAUAAUAUACA